AUGGAUUCCGCUGCUACUGCACCAACCGCUGCCGCCGCCGCCGCCGCCCCAGCCGCACCAAUUGAUGCCGCCGCCCCAAUGGAUGCCGUUUACUCCACCACGUUCAAAUCCAAGCAGGAUGCUAUCCGCGCCUGUCUGAUUGAGCAUGUGGAGUACUUGUCUUUACCACCCGCAUCAUCCCAAGGAACCUCGUUGCCGACGACUCCAUCACCUCGUUCUCGCGAGUGGGCGAAAUGGCCUGGAUUCGAGCGAUAUACUGGCGGCCAGGACACGAGGGCGUGGUGGCAGCAAUACGGGUAUCGUGUUGAGGACCGGUCCACCUCGCGCCAGGGCAACAGGCUGAAGUGGAUCUGCGCGGAUUGCUUCGCUCGAGGCUUCAAGAAGAAGUCAGACUUCUGCUUCGUCUGCUCGACAGGAGCCGCUAUCAAGAAGCACCUUCGUAACGCCCACGGAAUUCUGGCCCCAAACGACGUUGCAGGAGGCGUGCGAGCCUCAUCUCUGGACGGCCGGCCCAUCACACACUUCAUUGGUGCCGACUUCAAUAACCCGCACGACCAGCUCCUUGUCAGCAAGCUGCGUGGAAGAUUCAACAGCAAAGGGCUCCGGGUGCUCCUACUCGACUGGAUCACAUACCAUAAUCUGCCAUUCGAUAUCGUCAACACCGAGAGGUUCCAACGGCUCCUUCUCUACGGCAAUCCGCUCCUUGAUGCGACCCAUAUCCCAUCUGGGAAGACGCUACUUCGCAUGCUCGAAUCUGAAUACAGAGGUGCUGUCGGGCCCGUAACGGAAGUACUUCGCACCGCUCGAUCCCAGGUUCACUUCUCUUUCGACGGCUGGACAUCCAAGUUCUACCCUGCAUUUCUGGGCGUCAAUGCUCAACUCAUUGAUCACAACUUUGCCCAACACCGCAUCCUUCUUGGGCUGCGACCUCUCUUGGGUAAGCACAACGGUGCCUCGCUUGCCGAUGAGGUCGCCGAUACACUGGCAUUCUGGCAAGUCAACAACCCGGACACGGUCGGCUACUUCACGCUGGACAAUGCUGCCAACAAUGACACCUGCAUGGAAGACCUUGCCUUUGAGCACGGCUUCUCACCCGAAGAGCGACGGAUCCGCUGCGCUGCACAUAUCCUCAACCUCUGUGUGCGGGCAAUGCUGUACGGUUCGAAGCAAGAGAAUUUUGCUGCAAUUGUUGCUGCCGAUGGGGACGAUCUAGAUGACGACGAGGAGCAAGUUGAUCAAGCUAUCGACGAGGCCCUAAAUGGAGAGAUGGAGGACGGUACGGACGAAGACCCAGGAGCAAACACUGCCGUUGAAAUCCCAGAUGAGGACCUCAUAUCGUCCCACCCGGCUCCGGAGGAGAUCAAUGCUGCCACCUUCAGGGAGUACAGUCAGAACGGCGCCCCUGGAAUACUCCAUAACAUCGGUCUUCAGCUGCGAAACACACAGCUGUACGAACAGUUUCUUCAGUCUCAACGCAAGGAAUCCGGCCACGGAACAACACUUCACUGGGCCUUCAACAAUGCCACCCGGUGGAACUCGGACAUGCGUAUGAUGGAACGGGCUCUUCGACUCCGCCCGGCGCUCAAUACCUUCUUCAAUGACGUUUCAGAACCGUACCGCUUAAGUGCGUACGACUGGAAAGUUAUCGAGGUACUUGUCAAGCUUCUGAAGCCGUUCGAGAUUUCCACCAAGCAACUUCAGGGCAGUGGUGUUCCCGGCGGUAGGUCCACAUGUGGCAGUUUCGAUGAAUACUUCCCCGUCUUUGAGAUUUUGCUUGACCACCUCGAAAGUGCUAUCGAAGGCACAAUCUUCGAAGAGGUUGAGGAUCCAGUGACUAGGGAGAAGAAGGACGUCGAACUCGGAUGGAAGAAGCUGCAUAAAUAUUACAGCCGUCUGACUAGCGCUGCAUAUGUCGGGGCUGUUGUCUUCAAUCCUGCGAAGAAGUGGCGCCUUCUCGAUCAACUGUGGUCUCGAUAUAGGGAGCGCGACGUUGACAACGAGGUCCUCGCUACGUCUGAUGAGGCCUCCAUGGAUUACAUUGAGCGGAGACUUGCUAGGACUGUAGCUGCGUCGCCAUUCAACCAGGGCUCGUUCGGAGCAUCGGGUGCCCGCAAAAGCAACCGAAAGACGAAACCGUCUACGGCGGGAGCGACUGGUGAUGACGAAUAUGCUCGAUAUUGUGCCGAGGACGUCGUCAACAGCCACCACUACAGAAGCAGACCGAUUGACUGGUGGAAGAUCAACCGGAGCCGAUAUCCGCGACUGUCUCUGAUGGCAGUAGACAUGCUUACGAUUCCAUCGACGUCCGCGGAAAGCGAGAGGACGUUUAGCAGUGCAGGACGUAUGACGGCACCAUUGAGAAGCCGGCUGCGGAGGGAGAUCGUAGCGAUGGCUCAAUGCAUUCGAUCGUGGAGUAAAGCUGGGAUCUACAGGCCUUCACUGCCGCUGUUUAGCCUCAACGAGGAUCAAUGGAUUAAUGCUCUUGCGUCGCUGAAGGGGCGGAGUGACAUUUAA